AUUCUUUCUCAUCACAACCCACAAACAUCAUAGCAUAAGAAUCAUGUGGAAGGAACGAAACCACAGUGAUCUGCUACACUAGAUAGGCUCAAAACUUGGAACUGUUUCAAGUCCGAUGGAGCUGCUUAGAGUCUUCAACUCUUUCGCCAUUUGUUUUCUGUGUUUGAUAUUGACUUCAUUUGGCUUCUGCUUCUGCAAUGGAGGAAUAACUGGUAACUUUGUUAGAAAAGAGUAUUCUCCUGAUAUGCCACUUGACAGUGAUGUUUUCCGAGUUCCUCCUGGUUAUAAUGCACCUCAACAGGUUCAUAUAACACAAGGGGAUAUUGAUGGGAGGGGAGUGAUAAUAUCCUGGAUAACUCCUGAUGAACCUGGCUCCAACACAGUUAUUUACUGGUCGGAAAAUAGCAGUCAUAAGAAUCAAGCCGAGGGAAUAUUUGUGAGAUAUAACUUCUUCAAUUACACCUCAGGUUGCAUUCAUCACUGCACCAUCCACAAGUUGGAGUAUGACACCAAAUACAUAUACGAGAUUGGAAUAGGGAAUUCGACUAGACAAUUCUGGUUUGAGACUCCUCCAAAAUCUGGGCCUGAUGUUCCUUAUACUUUUGGUCUAAUAGGGGAUCUUGGUCAAACACAUGAUUCAAAUGUUACACUCACGCAUUAUGGAUCAAAUCCAAAGAAGGGGAAAACAGUCUUGUAUUUGGGGGAUCUCUCGUACUCCAAUGACUAUCCGUUCCAUGAUAAUUCUAGGUGGGAUACGUGGGGAAGAUUCGUAGAGCGGAAUGCUGCUUAUCAGCCUUGGAUCUGGACGGCAGGGAACCACGAGAUCGAUUUUGCUCCGGAACUCGAAGAAACUACACCCUUUAAGCCGUAUAAGCAUCGAUAUCAUGUACCGUACAAAUCGUCAUAUAGUACUUCUCCGUUAUGGUAUUCGAUCAAGAGAGCUUCGGCUUAUAUCAUUGUUCUAUCUUCUUAUUCUGCAAAUGGAAAAUCUACUCCUCAAUAUAAAUGGUUGAGGGAUGAGCUACCAAAGGUGGACAGAAGUGAGACUCCAUGGCUGAUUGUUUUAAUGCAUUGCCCAAUCUAUAAUAGUAAUUCACAUCAUUUCAUGGAAGGAGAAACCAUGAGAGUGGUGUACGAGUCAUGGUUUGUCAAGUACAAAGUAGAUGUUGUAUUCUCUGGUCAUGUUCAUGCCUACGAGCGAUCCAAUCGUGUGUCCAACAUUGCAUACAAUAUUUUGAAUGGACAGUGUACUCCUGUUAAUGAUCAGUCGGCACCAGUUUACAUAACAAUUGGUGAUGGUGGAAAUCAUGAUGGACCAGCUCUAGGAAUGGUGGAACCACAGCCAAGCUUCUCAGCCUAUAGGGAGACAAGUUUCGGUCAUGGUAUUUUCGAUAUAAAAAACCGGACACAUGCUUAUUUCAGUUGGCAUCGUAAUCAAGAUGGAUAUGCUAUCGAAGCUGAUUCUUUCUGGUUUCAUAACAGACUAUAACAUGCUGUUGGUACUCUGAGCUAAGAAGGUGAAACAUUGGGAGAUUUCUCAGGUUCCUCAUAUGCAAGCAAAGCCUUAAAAUCCUAUGGUCACACCAUCCAACAGAUAAGAUCAGAUGCAUAUAGAUUUGCUAAGUUAGAAACAUACUUUCGGCAUAUUUUUGCUCCUUACCGAAAAGGGUACAUUUCAUUUGUGCAAAUUCCAGAGCUUCUGUGCUGCAAGUCACGAUAUCAUACUUGAAGUUAGUAUGACAUUCCUCGAUGAAUGUCAAGCCGCUAUUUCGGAGAUUAGGUAAAAGGAAGUGUAUCAAAAUGUAGUGUGAUUCACCUGGUCUUGUACCACGGGAGUCGCAUAUCUGAUAUCUCUGGUAAUAUUUGUCUGCUCUCAAGACUCCCAAGAGUUGUGAUUCAUGAACUUUCCCUAGACCUAGACCAAAAUAUAUAUAUAUAUAUGUCUUCGUCAUAGGUCUACCAUCAGAACAUCUUGAAGAUUGGUUCGUUGGCGACAUGGACGGCAAAGGAACCAUUACUAAAAGCAGCAG